AUGCGUUUCAAGCUUCACGACGUUCACAUGCGUCGGGGACUUUCUUGUUUAGCUGACUCUUACAUUUCUCCGGCUUCAGUUAGUUCUAGAAUCAGAGCUUUAAUUCAGAAAGGAGAGUGUCUACAAGCUCUGCAACUAUACACUACGCAUGAUGCUUCUUCUCCCUUGUGGACUUCCGUUUUCACAUUCCCUUCUCUGCUCAAAGCUUGCUCUGCUCUUACAAACCUCGCUAAUGGCAAAACGAUUCACGCUUCGGUCGUCGUGUUGGGUUGGCGUCACGAUCCUUUCAUUGCAACCUCGCUUGUCAACAUGUACGUGAAAUGUGGAUCUUUAGAUUACGCCGUCAAAGUGUUCGACGGUUGGUCUCAGAGUGGAGUUUCUGCUCGGGAUGUCACAGUUUGGAACUCUUUGAUUGAUGGGUACUUCAAAUUUCGAAACUUUAAAGAAGGGAUCGAUCGUUUUCGCCGAAUGCUGGUGUUGGGCGUAAGACCUGACGCUUUCUCGUUAUCCAUAGUUGUGAGUGUUUUGUGUAAAGAAGGAAAAUUUUGGCGGGAAGAGGGGAAACAGAUUCACGGGUAUAUGUUGAGGAACUCGUUAGCUGGUGAUUCUUUCUUGGAAACUGCUUUGAUUGAUAUGUAUUUCAAGUUUGGUUUAUCGACAGAUGCGUGGCGUGUGUUUUUGGAGAUUGAGGAUAAAUCGAAUGUGGUGCUAUGGAAUGUGAUGAUUGUUGGGUUUGUUGAUAGUGGUCACUUUGAAACUAGUUUGGAGUUGUAUAUGCAAGCAAAGAGCAACAGUGUCAAGCUUGUUUCCACUUCAUUUACUGGAGCUCUUGGUGCGUGUAGUCGAAGUGAGAAUUCUUGUUUCGGGAGACGAAUCCAUUGCGACGUGGUGAAGAUAGGGCUUGACAAUGACCCUUAUGUUUCUACUUCUCUACUGUCAAUGUAUUCAAAAUGUGGUAUGGUUGGUGAGGCAGAAACUGUCUUCAGUUUCGUUGUGGAUAAAAGACUUGAGAUAUGGAACGCGAUGGUUGCAGCUUAUGCAGAUAGUGAUUGCGGGUACUAUGCUUUGGAGCUGUUCGGUUUCAUGAGGCAGAAGAAAAGUAUCUUGCCUGAUUCUUUUACCUUGUCGAAUGUUAUCUCCUGUUGCAGCAUGUUGGGAUUGUAUGACUAUGGCAAAUCAGUCCACGCGGAGCUGUUUAAGAGACCGAUACAAAGCACGCCUGCGAUAGAGAGUGCUUUACUCACUCUGUACUCUAAAUGUGGAUGUGAGACUGAUGCUUACUUAAUCUUCUGUUCAAUGAAAGAGAAAGAUAUGAUCGCUUGGGGCUCUCUGAUCUCAGGACUUUGCAAGAAUGGAAAAUUCGAAGAGGCUUUGAAACUUUGCGGGUCCAUGAAAGACGAUGAUGAUAGCUUGAAACCUGAUUCUGAUAUCAUGACUUGUGUUAUAAACGCUUGUGCUGGAUUGGAGACUUUGAAGUUUGGCCUUCAGGUUCAUGGGAGCAUGAUUAAAACUGGACAGGUGAUGGAUGUUUUCGUCGGCAGCUCGCUUAUUGAUCUGUAUUCUAAAUGUGGCUUACCAGAAAUGGCUCUAGAAGUUUUCUCUAACAUGAGACCGGACAACAUUGUUGCCUGGAAUUCAAUGAUCUCUUGCUACAGCCGAAACAACCUUCCAGAGCUAUCUUUAGAACUUUUCAGUCAGAUGCUUAAUCACGACGGUGUCUCUCCAGAUUCAGUAUCCACCACAAGUGUUCUUGUGGCAAUCUCAUCAACUGCAAGCUUGCUUAAAGGGAAAAGUGUCCAUGGUUAUACAAUAAGACUCGACAUUCCUUCGGAUACACACCUGAAAAAUGCUUUGAUUGACAUGUAUGUUAAGUGCGGGCUUUCGAAGUAUGCGGAGAAUAUCUUCAGGAGAAUGCAGCACAAAAGCUUGAUCACUUGGAACCUAAUGAUACACGGGUAUGGAUCUCAUGGUGAUUGUCUAAGAGCAUUGACUCUGUUCGAGGAGAUGAAGAAUGAAGGAGAAUCGCCAGAUGAUGUGACAUUCCUGUCUCUGAUUUCGGCCUGUAAUCAUUCCGGUUUUGUGCAGGAAGGCAAAGACAUUUUUGAGAUCAUGAAACGAGACUAUGGUAUCGAACCAAAGAUGGAACAUUAUGCAAAUAUGGUGGAUCUUCUAGGACGUGCCGGUCACCUAGAAGAAGCUUACAGUUUCAUAAAGGCAAUGCCUGUUGAAGCAGACAGCAGUGUAUGGCUCUGUCUCUUAUCUGCUUCAAGAACCCAUCAUAAUGUGGAGUUUGGGAUAUUGUCUGCUGAGAAGUUGUUGAGAAUGGAACCGGAAAGAGGCGGUUACUAUGUUCAGCUGAUAAAUCUUUACAUGGAAGCUGGAUUGAAGAAAGAAGCAGCAAAGCUGUUGAGUGAGAUGAAGGAGAGAGGCUUGCAGAAGAAACCUGGUUGCAGUUGGAUUGAAGUCAACAAUAGUACUCAUGUUUUCUUUUCAGGAGGUACGUCUUCUCUAAUGGCGACAGAGAUAUUCAACCUAUUGAAAAUCUUGAAGAGUAACAUGACUGAUGAAGAUAACAUUCCGAAUUGA